AUGGAGACUCCCGCGCGGUCUCCCUUCGCCAACGAUGAAUACACAGUUGGAUGGAUCUGUGGUCUCGCCAGCGAGCUAGCAGCGGCACAAUCUAUGAUGGAUAAGGUACAUGGGGAGCCACAAACUCCGCCAGCUGAGGCGGACAACAAUGUGUACAUGUUGGGAUCCAUGGGCAAGUUCAAGGUCGUCGCGGCCUGUCUACCUAUCCAACAUCCCUCGACAGAAGCAGUUGUCAAGAAGAUGCUCGUCACGUUUCCGAGAAUUCGCGUGGGCCUCCUUGUUGGUAUUGGCGCAGGGAUACCGAAUCAUGACAAUGAUGCCGAUAUCUGCCUGGGUGACGUUGUCAUGAGCAGCAGCCCCAAAACUGGAGGAGUCAUUAGCUAUGACUCUGGAAAGGCACUUGCAGACGGGUCCUUUGAGAGUCUUUCUGUAUCGAACAGCCCUCCCAUGCCCCUACACUCUGCUUCGGCAAAGCUCCAAUCACAGUAUAAGAUGGAAGGGGGCAGGGCAGCGGACUAUAUCGAACAGAUGCGGAGAAGGUUUCCCCAAAUAUGCAGCAUGAAAGGCUCUGAUCCUGGCGAUCCGGCUGAUCGCUUGUUUCAACCCAGCUGUCCCCAUGCUGGUGGUGAUUCCUGCACAGAAUGUGCUCCGUCAGCGGAGAUUAGUCGCGAACCACGUCCAGACGGCAUCCCAAGGUCCCAUUAUAGAACCAUCGAGUCCGGUGAUAGGGCCAUCAAAGACGCGCCUACACGAGACUUGAUUCAGGACAGAGAUGGUGCGAUAAUCUUCGAGAGGGAGACAACAGGUUUGAUGGAUAAUCUCCCUUUGAUGGUCAUCCGUGGGAUCGGGGACUACACCAACUCCCACAAGGAAGUCCGCUGGCAGGCUUUUGCCGCUGCUGCUUUCGCAAGAGGUUUUCUGGACCAUGUACAGCCCGAGGCUAUUGAGGCCGAGCCUGCAGCGAUAAAUACCAUGUAUCACGAUCUAGGAGCCCCAAUCCGAGAUGGACCGGCCGAAUCUCGCAACGUGGUGGGGGCGUCUGUGGACUCGGAAAGCGUCCCUAUUCAGGAUGCUGCACCCUCUUUGACAGCGGUAACAUUCACGGAUUCUGGCUACGCAUCAACUAAGGACUGGGAGUAUGGCAAAGUACGUCCUGGAAAUGUCGCCGGUGUUUCGCAACUGGAGGAUGAGCACUGGGCGCGAAGUGUGGACCCAUCAGACGCUGUCACUGGCGCUGGACGAGACCCAAUGGAGGUGGCAGAGGACACCGAACGAGCUGAGGUCAGGAGUGUAUACUCUUACGCCUCAAGCAUCUCCAAUGAGAAAAAGGAAAGGUUCAUCUCGGAGCUCGCGGAAGAGUUUGCAAAUGUUGUACAGCCGUAUCGACCUGACGAGCAGUCCUGGCACAGAAUAUCACAGCUGCUCCCCGAGCUCCUCAGAGGGUUUGCCUUCCGGUUCGGACACAAUGCACCGAGUCAGAUGCACCGGGACGUGAUGGUGUUUAUUCACAAGCAGCGGAGGAACGUAGCAGCGGCUUUCAUGGACCGAUGUUCUGCGUACAAUAGCGCGGAUGUCAAUGGACGGGAUUGCAUGGAAAUGUCGCUCAGCGAGAAGAUCGCUCUCUGGGACAGGAUGAUCGAGCGCGGCGCGGAAUGCGAAAGAGGGCUCGAUAGCAUGAUGGAUAUAGUUCAAAGACGGGAAACCCCCGAAGGCGAAGCCGACGACGAAGACCAAGAGGACGACGAUGACAUUCCCGACCUGAUCGUCUACAGAAAGAUUGUUCUCGGAGCUCCGGCCUUCAAGACCCUUGUUGCGACCCUGCAGAGGGAGUGCCUACUGGUCACCCCCGAGUUGGACUUUAUGCGGGAAAUCGGCCAGAAAUUGCUUGAAUGUCUUCCGCUAAGCCCGCGGAUCAGCCGGAGAAGGUCAGCAGAGUCAUUCAAGGUCAAAUGUACAGUGAGCUGGGAUCCAAUCACAUUCCUCAUCACCCAAGAGUACACGCCGCAGCCAGCAACCGCAUUCGAGACAGCGAUUACUCUGACGGGAUCCAACAGAAUCGCACAGGCUUUGCCAUGCGGGCAAUAUUUGUCCCAGACGUGGCCAUCAACUGGGGAGCAGAUAAUGGGCCUCAUCAAGGGCUUGAUACGCAAGGGGUUUCAUAAUCCACAAUCAGGUAUUCUGCACGACGGAACCGAGAUCGUCGCCGAGCUUCAAGGUGCAAUUGGCGAUUCGUCAAGUAUGCUCUACAGCGAGGUGACUGGUACGGCCUACUCGAUUAUAGAAGUGGUGGAACAACUGGCCUGGCUGGGAGCCGCUCUUCGGUCGUCUCCCAUCGAGUCCGGAGUUGUCUACUGCAGACCGGUUGUCGACUGCAGCUGGGCGGUGCAGGACGAGGGUGAGGCAACGCGACGAGUAGAGUAUCAUUGCAAGAUAGACUAUACACUCCGCAUGGGAGAGGACAACCCGAUACAUCUCAACGGCCUGUGUUGGCACCACCUGUUCCGAAAUCCUGUGGUCGUCGAGGGAUAUCCUAUUGCGCGGCGACCAAAGUCUACGACCGACACAGGUUUGGAGAUUCCGCUAAACAUGAUGGCGGGGCUUGCCCAAGCCCACCGUCUCAGUACGUUCAACAGUCGGACAGUCCUAAAAGGAUGGUCUACGAUGCUUGUGCCCACGGAACAACAUGACGGUCUCGUGUUCUGGCACCUAAUGCACCAUCCGGAAGGCAAGAGGAUGUCCUUUGAUACGUGCAACACUUUUCCACCCACCAACGUAUGCCUUCCCGCGCUGGAGAAGGCUCGACAUGUCCUAGGCUGGUGUGCUGAAAUGCAAUUCUUUGGAGGAGCCGCCGAUGCGAGUUACAACGUGCGGCGAUCCAGGCUCCCCGAAACAUCCGAAGACUGCAUGCUGGACAAAGCAUAUCUCUCCAGCGGACACAUGAUAUCCGGUGGUCAUCCGUUCAGCAUUGGCCGUAAGGACAUACCACUGCAUAUUUCCAGGCACAGCUAUAUCCGUAAGCUCAGGUGGAUUGCGCAAAAGUUCGUCAUACUUUGGGACGAAGGUGAUAAAAGAGGCUGGCUGGUCAACGGGACCAGUGCUCUACUCCAUCUUGUUCGCGCAGCUAUGAAGCAGGCCAGUGUAGACCGUUUCCAAUCUUACCUGCUCUUCGAUGCCGACAAAUUACGGGAGUCACGGCGAUCCCAUGAGCCUACUGCUGCAAUCGACGUCCUAAUGGAUCCGAGCAACCGAGCGCUAAAAGUUUAUCACGAAAAGGAUGACUCCAUUCACUUUGAGAGCCAGGUAGAGCACUUCUAUGACCUCCUCGAGAAGAUCAUCGACCACCAACAGAAUACAGCGGGAAAGGGCGGGAGAAAUUGCAACACCAUUCCCAGGGCUUAUCUGGAAGGCUGGGAUUUCCACGAGCUGGUCGUCGAGGUCGAUCCUGUCCACCCUCGGGUGGCGGUUCUUGAAUCGAUCGGCAAGUCCUGGGUAGACUUUGCCCGCUCGAUCCACGCUGUUACACUCUUCGGGCGCGGCUUCGGUGAGAUUAUAAAGCCCCCGACAGGGACCUGCUGGCAGUGGGCAAGACUACCAAAGUGGAGGUACUACCUUUCCGCUUGUAUGUCCGACCUGAAAGAUAUUAUGCAAACGCGAGGUGAUCCGGACUCGAUCCCAAUGGAACUUGUCGACAACAUCCUGUGGCAGAACAGCGACUCGUUCUUAGCGCCUUGUAGAUGCAAGGGCGACGACGGCGAGACGCAUUCGGACUUUGCGCAGGUUCUGCUGCCGUCAAGCAUGGCUCGUGAAAUGCUGCAGAACGUGACCCGGACGGCCGACUUGAACAGUGGCGGCGCUGUCAUCUUUGGUCAGAAUAGAGAAGUGGAGUGGUUCUGGGACGACACGGGGGAGCCCUGUAGGAAAGAGGAGGCUAUCCCGUCGCAAGCAUUUCCAGGCUCCCCAUCCCACGAUAGCGGCAUUGGCAGAAGUGUGGCAUCGUUGACGUCGACAACCGGUGAAAGCAUGGCGGGUUUGUGCUCUUCGCAACCCUCGGUGAACGGGCUCUCUGAUGGGCCGCAGCCAGGAAACGCUGGUUCGGAAGGCACUGGGGUCUUGAGUAUCACCACCCUCGAUGAACGGUUACAGCACCUCGUCCCGGAGGACUAUAAAGUGGGAAUCGUGUGCCCACUGUACCUCGAACUGAUGGCCGUGCGGACUCUGUUCGACAGCGAGCACGAGGCGCUGACUAUCACGGAUCAUGACCCCAAUUAUUAUGCGUUGGGACGCAUCGGACGGCAUAACGUGGUCGCCGCAUGUCUCCCCGACGGAGAGUAUGGGACCAACUCAGCCACCAGCGUCGCCUGGAACAUGAAACGCACUUUUACUGGCGUCAGAUUCUGCUUGCUGGUCGGGAUCGGGGGCGGAGUGCCGUCGUCGGAGAAUGAUAUACGGCUCGGGGAUGUCGUCGUCAGCAGACCAACAGGUACACUGGGAGGGGUCCUGAAUUACGAAUUAGGAAAAGCCCUGGGAAAGGGGGGCUUUCAACCACAAGGAUGCCUGCCGCCCGCCCCUGGACAUCUGAUGUCUGCCCUUAGUGACCUACGGUCCGACCCGCGACUCUCCUCAACGCCCCUGCAGCCAUAUCUAGAGCAGAUUGCGUCAAAGAACCCAGCGUACAAGCACCCUGGUUCCGGAAAGGACAGGCUCUUCACCUCCGACAACAUUCAUGUAGAACAGAGUGGGCGCCGUGGAAACUGCGAAAGCUGUGUCUCUCAAGGGGAAGUCGAGAGACCACCCCGAUUGUCAACUCACCCGAAGAUUCACUAUGGUCUGAUCGCGUCGGGAAACAAGGUCGUGCGAGACGCGGAGAUGAGAGACCAGGUGGCGAACCAGCACAAUGCACUCUGUUUCGAGAUGGAAGCAGCCGGUGUCAUGCUUGCCUUGCCUUGUCUUGUUAUCCGAGGCAUCUGCGACUACGCGGACUCGCACAAGAACAAAAUUUGGCAGGAAUAUGCGGCUGGAGCAGCGGCGGCAUAUGCGAAGCUACUACUCUCUCGCUUGCGGCCGUCGCCGGGCCAGUUGGAGGACGAAAGAGCUGAAUGCCACUCUGUUUCAAGACUUCAGCGCCCCAAGCGAGCGCGGACUGUUUCGACGGCGGCUAUCGAGCCAUCUUCGGGACUGAAGAAAGUUCGGCGUUAA